AUGUCCACGCUUAACUCGGUCUUACUAGUAGGCGGCGCUGGCUUCCUCGGCUUGCAUCUCGUCCAGCAAUUCUACGACCACUGCCCCAACACUGCCAUUCACGUAUUUGACAUUCGUCCUAUUCCAGACAACCUUUCCAAGUACUUCACGUUUGACACGAGCAAAAUACAUUUCCACCAAGGCGACUUGACUUCAGAGGAUGAUAUUGAAAAGGCCAUUGCUGCUAGUGGCUGUGAGGUGAUUGUCCAUUCAGCAUCGCCAAUGCACGGUCUUGGACAAGAGAUCUACCAGAAGGUCAACGUUGUGGGUACCCAGGCGCUCUUGAAGGUUGCCAAGAGAACCCCUGUCAAGUCUUUGAUUUACACUUCCUCUGCUGGUGUGAUUUUCAAUGGUCAGAACGUGUACAAUGCUGAUGAGCUGUGGCCUUACCCAGAGGUCCAUAUGGACGGUUAUAAUGAGACUAAGGCUAUUGCCGAGACUGCUGUGAUGGAGGCCAACGACCCAGAAAAGCUUGUUACUGUUUGUUUGAGACCUGCUGGUAUUUUUGGCCCUGGCGACCGUCAGCUUGUGCCUGGUCUUAGAACUGCUGCUCGCUUGGGCCAGAGUAAGUUCCAGUUAGGCGAUAACAAUAACCUUUUUGACUGGUCGUAUGCUGGUAACGUUGCUGAUGCUCAUGUUAUUGCUGCUCAGAAAUCGUUGGAUCCAGUUGCCAGUAAGGAGAUUGGCGGUGAGACGUUUUUCGUCACCAACGACGCUCCAACGUAUUUCUGGACCUUGGCCCGUACUGUUUGGAAAGCUGACGGCCAUAUUGACAAAUAUAACAUUGUGUUGAGCCGGCCAAUUGCCAUUGCUGCAGGCUACUUGUCGCUGUUCUUCUCGUCGUUGUUGAAGAAGGAGCCAGGUCUUACGGCAUUCCGUGCUAGAGUCACCUGUGCCACUCGUUACCACGAUAUCACUAAAGCCAAAACGCUCUUGGGCUACAAGCCGGCUGUUUCGCUCGAAGAGGGUAUCAAGCACACGCUUGACUGGGUCUACGAAACACACGAAGAGAAAUAA